GACAAGGAUAUGAAUUUCAAGAGGAGAUUAAAAGUCUAGAAUCUCAUCUCCACUGCAGAACAAGUCCACAUCUUCAAAGUGGCAGGGUCGUCUUUCCUGAGGCUCACAAUAUACCUUUCCCUGCCAGGCACAGCAGCGCUGGUCGGCUGGGGAGAAGACACGCAGAAGGAAUCCUCUGAACUGGACUAACCACUGCUGUGCACCCACCAGGAGCCCAGCACAGAUCCUGAAAAGAUGGAGCGAGAUGUGAGGUUUCCUCUCCUGUUGCUGCUGGGGUUGUUUGGGCUUCUGUAUCCACUGUGGGCUUUGCCUAAGGGCCUCACCAAGGCUCAGUGGUUUGAGAUCCAGCACAUACAGCCAAUUCCUCUCCAAUGUGAUGGAGCAAUGAGCGAUGUCAACAAUUAUACCAAGCGCUGUAAGCCUUUAAACACUUUUCUGCAUGACUCUUUCCAAAAUGUGAGUGAUUCCUGUACCUUGCCCAAUAUCACCUGCAAGAAUGGCCAGCACAACUGCCACCAGAGUGCAAGUCCUGUCAGCCUGACCAACUGCAAGCUCACUGGAGGGAAGUAUCCCAACUGUCGCUACAAGAAUGCUUCCCAGUUCAAAUUCUUCAUUGUGGCCUGUGAACCACCUCAGAAGAAUGACACUUCCUAUCCGUUGGUUCCAGUACACUUAGAUAAGAUUGUCUGAAAUUUUGAUUACAUUUCCUUUCUUUUGAUAUCCCAAAAGGCAAAAUAAGAACAUAAAUACUUGUGAUUAGUAAUUUUGCUUUCUUUUUAUUAUUACCAUGAUCUUCCUUUUCUCUACACAGACAUGAAAGUGUGAGAUAUGACGUUUCCUCUCCUGUUUCUGCUGGAGCUGCGUGGGCUCCUGUGUCCUCUUUGGACUGUGCCUCUGGGCCUCUCUGGGGCUCAGUGGUUUGAAAUCUAGCUCAUACAACCACGUCCUCUUCAAUCUUGGCAGCAGCGUUGGGUGCCAGUAUUUCCUCGGCAAGUCUGCAAACAGCUUUCUGCAUGACUCUUUUCCCAACAUGGCUAUUACUUGUGCUAUGCCCAGCGUUAUCUGCAUUAAUGGAGACAAAAAUUGCAAAUCUUUUCACCCUGAUUCUGCACGUUUCUUGGAGGGAUGUUUCUUAACUGCCAUGACACUUGAAGUCCUCAUUUCAAAUUGUUCACUGGGUCUGUAUUCAUCACCCCCUCUCCACUGCUGGCUUCUGUACAGUUUUGAUUGCUUUUUUUUUUUUUUAAUCUUUCGACACAGCUUCUACUGCAGUUUAUUGUUCUGUCUGUCUUGUAUUUAUUUCUUUGCUCCCACAAAAGAAAAAAGGGAAGUGCUCAAAGUAUUAAAGUGUCUAGGAUACUGGACUAGCCUGGGAUUGAAUGUAUACAUAUAUUUCUUUUCUGCUUUAGAGGUUUGUCUGUGUAGAGAUGUAGGCCUUCAUGCCAGACUUUACUGCACUGUAAUCACAGCAAUAAAAUCAUUUUUAAUGGGCA